AUGCCUUCCUCAAGCAAAUUCCAACCCCUCCACCCACGCACCUCCCUGCGCCGGAUAAAAACCGCCUUCACGCCCUCCUCACCAACCCCCUCAACGACCUCCGCCUCCCCCCUCUCCACCUCGCGGCUCUCCAACCUCAGCUUCGGCAACAUGUCCUCCUUAUCCGUCAGCAGCGCCUUCAACUCCCGCCGCGCGAUCCGCAGGAAGAAGAGCGUGGUGGAGCUCGAGCAGGAGGAGGAGAGGAGUCUGGUUGGGGAUGAGCUGAUGAGUCUCGUGGAGCCGAGGCCGAGUUUGGGUUUGGCGUAUGGGGGGAUUGAGGAGGUUUUGGGUGGGGAGGUGUAG